UACGUGUAUCAGAGAGAUAAAAUUGAAGAUGAAUUAGAAAUGACUACGGUGUGCCAUAGACCCGAAGGACUGGAACAGCUUGAAGCACAAACCAAUUUCACUAAAAGAGAACUUCAAGUGCUUUACAGAGGAUUUAAAAAUGAAUGUCCUAGUGGGGUUGUUAAUGAAGAGACAUUCAAACAGAUCUAUGCACAGUUUUUUCCUCAUGGAGAUGCUAGCAUGUAUGCGCAUUAUCUCUUUAAUGCAUUCGACACUGCACAAAAUGGCUCAGUGAAGUUUGAGGAUUUUGUGAUGGCAUUGUCUAUUCUGUUGCGGGGAACUGUUCAUGAGAAGCUAAGGUGGACGUUUAAUCUGUACGACAUCAAUAAGGAUGGCUAUAUAAACAAGGAGGAAAUGAUGGAUAUCGUAAAGGCAAUUUAUGAUAUGAUGGGGAAAUACACGUAUCCAGUGCUCAGGGAAGAUGCUCCAAGGCAGCACGUAGAAGUAUUCUUCCAGAAAAUGGACAAAAACAAAGAUGGUGUUGUAACUUUAGAAGAGUUUAUUGAAUCGUGUCAGGAGGACGACAAUAUCAUGCGAUCCUUACAGCUCUUUGAGAACGUGAUGUAACAGUGUCUGGCAAGCGCUGGAGGAAUCAGAGACUUUCUGUGUAACAGAGACCUCUUUCUGGGUGAACGCUUUUUACAAUUCAGCCAUGUUCAGUGUGCGAGGAUUUUGUAUGACAUCUCAAACCAAAUGGCAACCGAAUGCAAGUGGUCCCACCUCUUCUCCCCAAGAGAUGCCGAUGGACCUUUGUUCCGUUCUGGAAGCAUGUGAAUAUUUUAAUAAAUCCUGAUGAGAGAACUG